AUGUCGAAAGUUGUCAGUAACAAGGAGAAGAAAUCCUUCAGUAAAAAACUCUUCCGGAGGAGCUCGGUCCGCUGUGGGAGCUUCAUGAACAGAGUUCUCCGGACUCUGUCCACUCUGUCUCAUUUCGGUACCGAUGAACAGGCCGCCGAGGACGAGAAGGACGAGGCAUCUCUGAUCCCGACCACCACCGGAGGGUCACUGCCGUCCGACGACAGUGACUGUGGGGGGUUUCCCUUCGGGGACAAGGUGCCGGGAGUCGCCGGACUGAAGAACCACGGAAACACCUGCUUCAUGAACGCGAUCCUGCAGUGCCUGAGCAACACGGAGCUGUUCGCUGAGUACCUGGCUCUGGAGCAGUUCAAAGGCGGGGAGACGAGCAGCAGCAGCGGCAUCAACGAGAAGGCCAAGUCCAACGGGAUGCUGGUGCAGAAGAAGGGGAGCAAAGAGCAGCAGCAGCAGCAGGAUGCAGGGGAGGUGACCGAGCAGCUGUCCGGGCUGGUUCGGGCUCUGUGGACCUUUGAAUACACACCUCAGCACAGCAGGGACUUUAAGAAUGUGGUGUCUAAGAGUGCCCUGCAGUUCAAGGGUAACUCCCAGCACGAUGCCCAGGAAUUCCUCCUCUGGUUGCUGGAUAGAGUUCAUGAAGACCUCAACCAUAUCAUCCACCCUGACAUCAGACCCCCCAGGAAGCCUCCAGUAGAAGAGGAAAAUGCCCCUGAAGGAUCUCCACUACCAGCACCUGGCUCUUUCGUACAGGAGUUGUUUCAGGCACAAUACAGGUCCUCGCUGACUUGCCCUCACUGCCAGAAACAGAGCAACACCUUUGAUCCUUUCCUCUGCAUCUCACUGCCAAUCCCCGUACCUCACACACGGCCCCUGUAUGUGACAGUGGUGUACCAAGGGAAGUGCUCCCACUGUAUGAGAGUCGGGGUGGCGGUGCCUCUUUCUGGCACCGUGUCCAGGCUGAGACAAGCUGUGGCCCAAGAGACCAAAAUCCCUGCCCAACAGAUCGUCCUCACUGAAAUGUACUUUGACGGCUUUCAUCGCUCCUUCUGUGACGACGAAGACGACCUUGAGAUCAUUCAGGAGAGCGACUCCAUCUUUGCCUUCGAGACACCUGAGCUGUUCAGACCAGAGCAGAUUCGCUCCAAGCGAGGCGGGAGCCCACAUGCAAAUCUCAACCAGAACAACUUAAAGUACGGCACAGAUAUUAACAGGAUAUCCACACAAAUACAAGAGCCGACGACCCCGCCUCAGAGUCCAAAUAAGAACAGCGGACAGGCUGAGAAGAUUGUCCUGCUGGUGUGUAACAGAGCCUGCGCUGGACAGCAGGGACGCAGGUUUGGGAAUCCAUUCAUUCUGUAUUUGGAGCGUACAGUUACAUGGGACGUACUUCAGAAAGAGAUCUUGGAGAAGAUGCGGCAUCUUUUGCGCCCUGGAGUCUUUGUGCAGGUGGGGCCCUUCACUUUGCGUGUGGUAGGCGUGGUUGGAAUCACGUAUCUCUUGCCUCAGGAGGAGCAGCCACUCUGCCAUCCUUCCGUGGAGAGGGCAUUCAAGUCUUGCGGUCCUGGAGGGCCACCUCAUGUCAAAAUAGUUGUUGAGUGGGACAAGGAGACAAAAGACUAUCUGUUCAAAAGAACUGAGGAUGAAUACAUCCCAGAUGCUGAGAGCGUGCGUCAAGCGAAGGAGCAGCACCUGCAGCCUCAGACCUGCUCACUGGCCCAGUGCUUUCAGCUCUACACCAAAGAGGAACAGCUCGCUCCUGAUGAUGCAUGGCGAUGUCCACACUGUAAGCAGCUUCAGCAGGGCAGCAUCAAGCUCAGUCUGUGGACCCUGCCUGACAUCCUCAUACUUCACCUGAAACGCUUUAGACAGGACGGGGAUCGACGAAUGAAGAUGCAGAACAUGGUGAAGUUCCCGCUCACAGGCAUGGACAUGGCACCGCAUAUGGUGAAGAGGAGCCAAAGCAGCUGGAGUCUUCCCUCUCACUGGUCACCAUGGAGACGACCUUAUGGGAUGGGCCGUGAUCCAGAGGACUACCUGUAUGACCUGUAUGCAGUGUGUAACCAUCACGGGACCAUGCAGGGAGGACAUUACACAGCUCAUUGUAAGAACUCUAUAGAUGGACAGUGGUAUUGCUUUGAUGAUAGCGACGUUCAGCCCAUAGCUGAAGAUGAAGUCUGCAAGCAGACAGGUUACAUCCUGUUUUAUCAAAGACGUGCCACAAUCCCAUCUUGGUCUGCCAACAGUUCUGUGGGAGGAUCCACCAGUUCCUCUCUAUGUGAGCACUGGAUCAGUCGGCUGAUGGGCAGCCGUCCGCCUAGCCAAGCCUCAUCUGGUUCCUCCAGACGCACGUCACUGGCCUCCCUAUCCGAGUCGGCUGAGUUUGCUGGUGAACGGAGCGAGGAUGAUGGCUUGUCGAGCCGGCCAGCAGUAAGGGGCAUGCAAAGACAAACAUUCUCCUCAAGAUCUUCCAUUGCCAGCCCAUUGGUGCUAAGUGAUAAUGGCACUAAACCAUCCUGGUCCCACUCUGCUAAGCUCCAACUCCGUUCCAACUCUCCCUCACGCUUCUCCCUGGAAUCCCACUCCUCCUCCCCGACGCUGGAGAUGAUAGGAGAGGUGGUUGAUACUAAGCUGUCAACCUCCUGCUUCACCGGGUCCCCAAAGCUGGACAAAGCGACAGGGGGCAAGUCGGCCCUUGCAGCUUUGGAGAGUAAUCCAGGCGGUAAGAGGCUGAUAGAGCAGGUUCACUCCAAAGCUGUGGCUCAGGCGGAGCAGAGGAGCUCCACCCAGACUGGGGACAACAACAAUGCAGUCACUGCUGCUGAACAGGUUAGUCCUCGACACGGGGCAGCUGCAAAGGACCCGAAACAAAGAAAUGGGGCUGCAGAUAGCGCUAGCGCUAAAAGGACCUCAGCAAGUCCCAAGAAGCGCCCUGCCACGUCCUCAACGUCAUCCAGCUCUCUGUCUCCUGCCUCCCCAGCUGUUGAUAAGUUACCGUCUCGAACUCAGACAAAGAGUGCAGCAUCAGCAUCAUCCCCCAAGGACAAAAGCGAUGGACCACCUAAAACUAGCAAGGCUGGUUCCUCGAGAACAGCAACCCCAUCAAAGAAAGGGUCAUCCCAAACCCCGGAGGUACUACAUCCUGACUCUGCCCAGCAGAGGAAGAGUGGUUCUCCAGGAUCACAAAGCUCACACCCUCAGAGGAGGACAUCACCCAGAGGGGGAGGCGAGAAAAGCUCAGCCUCAGCAAGGACUAAAGCACCAGACAGGAGCGCUAGCCGCGAAUCCUCACGGAAUAACGUGGUCUCAGAGAAGAAGGUGAACCACGGAGGGCCUCCCUGGUCUACUGCUGCUAGUAGAGCAGAGGGCAGGCCGGGCCGUGCUAUGGAGAACAAGGCAGCGGGCCGGAGCUCAAGCAGUAGCUCCUCCAUGGCGAGUCUCCGAUCCUCUAGUGUCGGUGUUCCCUCUGCGAGCGCAGCCCCUCCAUCGAGGGGACCUCAAAGGAACACUAAGACAGAGGACAAGGGUUUGUCCUUCUUCAAAACUGCCCUGAGGCCCAAAGAGACGCGGAAGUCAGCCGAUGGUGGGAAAGCAGGGGCUGGUGAGGCUAAAGCGAGUCCAGAGGACGGCGCUGGGGAUGCAGCUAGAGAGGGAAUCCCACACGGAGCGAGCAAGAAAGCCCAGAGUGUGGCUUCAGAGACCAAUGUGACCACAGCCAAAGACAAGGAAUCCUCCAAGGUGUCCGCUGCAGCUAAGCAUUCACUGCUGCCCUCCACAAAGUCCAAGCUCUCCGGGGCAGAAACGGCCACCCAGUCCUCUGCCAAUGCAAAAGACACCUCGAAGAAAGAGCCUGCUAAAAAGACAAUGCAGUCCAGGAAGAUCCCUAUCAGCUCUACACAAACUAGCCACAGGGCCAAGUGA